GCAGACGGACGAGACUCUCUUUCUUCCUUUGUUCUUCUCUCUCCCUCUCCCACCGAAGGCAUUGAAUACUAGAGAGAGAGAGAGAGAGAGAGAUUCAUACUCCAUUGCCAUUUCUCUCGCCAUGAUCUCGUCAAAUGGAAGCAGCUUUCUGCAGAAGAGUCCGACAAUCUGCAAGUCGUGUAGAACCUUCAAUGAGGCGCAGAGAGACCCCGUCGCCUUCGUUAAAGUGCGAUCGAAGCCGAACGGGCGUUGCCGAGUGGCGAGCGACGGGAACGGCCGCGUUUUGGUGGACGGCGCAUUGGACGAGGACGGCUCUUCUUCUUCUUCUUCUUCGUCGUCGUCGUCGUCCUCGGUCCUGGAGGUGGGCUCCAAGUCCGCCGUCGUUGGCGGCGGCCCCGACGUGUACGGUGAAGACAGAGCCACCGAGGACCAGCUCGUCACGCCUUGGGCUGUCUCUGUUGCCAGUGGGUAUAGUUUGCUUCGAGAUCCACACCACAACAAAGCACUUGCCUUUUCUGAAAAAGAGAGAGAUGCGCACUACUUACGCGGUCUUCUCCCCCCAAUAGUUGUUUCUCAAGAUCUUCAGGUGAAGAAGAUAAUGCACAACCUCCGUCAGUACCAAGUCCCACUGCAAAAGUACAUGGCUAUGAUGGAUCUUCAAGAGACAAGCGAGAGGCUGUUCUACAAGCUUCUUAUAGACCAUGUUGAGGAGCUUCUUCCUGUUGUCUACACCCCAACUGUGGGUGAAGCUUGCCAAAAAUAUGGGAGCAUUUUCAGACGACCUCAGGGUCUCUUUAUCAGUUUGAAAGAAAAGGGCAAGAUUCUUGAGGUCUUAAAAAACUGGCCACAGAGAAACAUUCAGGUUAUUGUCGUGACCGAUGGUGAACGGAUCUUAGGACUUGGAGAUCUUGGCUGCCAAGGGAUGGGUAUACCAGUAGGGAAGCUUUCAUUGUACACUGCUCUUGGCGGAGUACGGCCUUCUGCAUGCUUGCCUGUAACUAUUGAUGUGGGGACAAAUAAUGAGAACCUACUGAAGGAUGAGUUCUACAUUGGGCUCAGGCAGAGGAGGGCAACUGGGGAGGAAUAUGCUGAAUUUUUACAUGAAUUUAUGACUGCAGUCAAGCAGAUUUAUGGGGAGAAAGUACUCAUUCAGUUUGAAGAUUUUGCAAACCACAAUGCUUUUGAGCUGCUUGAGAAGUAUGGGACGACUCAUCUUGUCUUCAAUGAUGAUAUUCAGGGAACAGCAUCUGUGGUCCUUGCAGGGCUUAUUGCAGCACUAAAGUUUGUUGGUGGAACCUUGGCAGAUCAGCGAUUUCUAUUCCUCGGUGCUGGGGAGGCUGGCACUGGUAUAGCUGAACUUAUGGCCCUCGAAAUGUCAAAACAGACAAAUGUUCCAGUGGAGGAAGCUCGUAAGAAAAUUUGGCUAGUCGAUUCAAAGGGUUUGAUAGUCAAUUCACGCUGGGAAUCACUCCAGCAUUUCAAGAAGCCUUGGGCUCAUGAGCAUGAACCUAUUAAUGAACUUGUGGAUGCAGUAAAGGCAAUCAAACCAACGGUGUUGAUUGGAACAUCAGGAGUCGGAAGGACAUUUACGAAAGAUGUGGUGGAGGCUAUGGCUGCACUGAAUGACAAACCCAUCAUUCUCUCUCUUUCCAACCCAACUUCACAAUCUGAAUGUACAGCAGAAGAAGCUUAUAAAUGGAGUCAGGGACGCGCUAUAUACGCCAGCGGGAGCCCAUUCGCUCCCAUUGAAUAUGAGGGGAAAACUCUUGUGCCUGGCCAGGCCAAUAAUGCAUACAUAUUCCCAGGACUUGGUCUAGGCUUGAUAAUGUCUGGUGCAAUCCGUGUUCACAACGAUAUGCUUUUGGCUGCCUCGGAAGCCCUGGCUGCGCAAGUGACUUGGGAAAACUUUGACAAGGGACUCAUAUAUCCUCCUUUUACUAACAUAAGAAAGAUCUCAGCCCAAAUAGCUGCCGAUGUCGCGGCAAAAGCUUAUGAGCUUGGCUUGGCUACCCGCCUCCCUCAGCCGAAAGACCUGGUGAAGUACGCUGAGAGCUGUAUGUACAGCCCGACCUACCGUUGCUACCGGUAAAGAUUAUGAGGACAUGUACCUACAUGCUGUCUCGCGUGGAGUUUUCUUCACCUGUGUUGUCGUUUGUUUCCUAUGUUGGUGUCUUUUUUCUUCUUCUCCUCCUCGUUCUCGUCUGGGGAGAUUCAGCUACAAGCUGGGUGAAGACAAACAUUAAACAAAAGGGUGGCGAGGAGAAAAACUCAUAAAAACAAAAGCAUGUUGCCAUUAUGGGAAUAUCUGCAUUUGAUGUGCUCAAUUAGAUCGCAAGAUUUCAUUGCAUCGCAUUUGACUAGUCUACGCAUUGGGUUGGUUUGAUGG